AGCAAUUAGAACAAUGCAUCAACUUGCUAAAGAUGAAAAAGAAAAUUUUCCAAACGCAGCACAAGUGGCCACACAAGAUUUCUACGUCGAUGAUUUACUGAGUGGUGCAGACACCGAACAAGAMGCAAUACAAAUACAACAGGAACUCAUUGAAAUGUUUGCGUCAGAUUCCAUUCCUGAAGAUCUUCAAGAUAUCAACCCAAUAGAAACGAAACAAAACGAUGCAAAGAAAACGUUAGGGAUCUAUUGGGCACCUCGRGACGAUACCAUUAAAUUCAAGGUCAACGUAGCAAAUAACACUCCAAUCACCAGCGCACCAUUCUCUCAGAUACUGCUAAACUUUUUGAUCCAGCAGGGUGGUWGGCUCCUGUUGUCGUUAAAGCCAAACUAUUAA